AUGGAAGUAGACUCCUCUCUUGAUAUAAUAUCUCCACAUGAUGAAUUUCAGCUGGACGAGUACAAACUCGAUUUGGCCGACUUCAUUAGCGAAGAAGACUCCCCAUUCAUAGAGAACGAGCAAGAAGACAUCAGAAUCCACAGUCCAGUUAAGAAGCAAAAGACAAACGUAUUUUCAACAGAUUUCCUUCAUCUUGGACCUUUACUAAACAACAGCCGAGUUCAGCUUCAACCAGAUGUGAAAGAAUCGCACGUCAUAACCAAUGAAUUGUUCCAAGUGACCUCCAAUUUGAGGAAGUCUGUCUCCAGAGAGAGUCAGGAUAUCUUCAAAUUCGACGAUGACUCAGACUUUUUCCCCAAAAAGAGAUUGAAUAACGACAAGGUUGAAAAGCUUGUUCAUGACUUAGGCUCCACCAAAAGUAAAUCGGGCGAACUCUUUGAUUUCGAACUAGACGAUCAAUUGCGUACCCGUUUCUACAAAGGCAGAUUCAACAAGGUCAACCAAUUCAGUAUAGAGCAGAACGAUGACGUGGACUCGCAGAUUCUGACUUAUCUUGGAGGAUCUUCGUCUUUUCUUCCCAAGAAGAACAACGACAACAAAGAGAACUUGUCUCCCUUCCCAGAUCCUUUGAAGUCUGUCAAUACCAAGGAGAACUUCUCCAUCAAGAAGUCCAACAAGACAUUUUUCAGACCACCCAGAAGAAAUCAAGGCAGAGCGUCGAUUCCAGUGCUCAAGCCUUUGUCAAACUUGGCUAAUGUAGACUUCAAGAAGAGCGAAUCACCCUUAGUUCUGAACAUAAACUCCAACAAACGCCUUUGUUCUCCUCACCAUAGAAAAAACAUUGCCAUAAAACCCAGUCGCAAAUUGACACAGACAAAUCACAAUAUAUUUGUGGUAGAGUCCCUGACAGGGCUAGUCAACGAUGCCACCAAAUUCGGUACAGAACUUAAUGCUUCCAGUUGUGAAGAUUUCCCAUUACCAGAAUAUGCCAACGAAAUAGUCCAGAUUCCUACCAACGAAGACUCUCAUAAUAAAGUGCAGAAGAUGGCCAUAAUAAAGUUGGUGCCAAAUAGACUGUUUUCACAAACUACUGCUGCGGAUUCCACGACAGAACAGAGAGGAUUUUACAACGCCGAGCAAUACCGGAAGUAUAAGGAAGAUCUCUCCUUUGUUCAGGAAGAUUCAGGAGUUGAAGUGAUUGGCCAGACUCUUAAUAACGACUUCAACCAAAGCAGCAGCAGUAGCCACAAGUCUGCAACGCCCUCAAACAAUACAAAAAAGACACGAGAAGUACAUUGGCCCGAUACUUUAGAGUGGUAG